CAUUCUCUCCUCCCAAAAAUUUCAAUCCCCUUCUCUCUCCCUCUUUUGAGAUUGUUUUUUUCUCUCAAACACCAAACUCUUAAAAGAGUCAUUGUUAGUUUCUUUUUAUCCCUUCUAUAUUAAUCUCCAAACUAUAUAGAUUGCCCCUUUAUAGGUUUCUUCUAUUAGCUAGCUAGCUAGACAUGAAGAACCCACAAUCAAACUUACCACCAGGGUUUAGGUUCCACCCCACAGAUGAGGAGCUCAUCCUCCAUUACCUUAAGAAGAAGAUUGCUUCAACACCCUUUCCUGUUUCCAUCAUUGCAGAUGUUGAUAUCUACAAGUCUGAUCCAUGGGACUUGCCAGCUAAAGCUGCCUUUGGAGAGAAAGAAUGGUACUUCUUCAGUCCUAGAGAUAGGAAAUACCCUAAUGGAGCCAGGCCUAAUAGAGCAGCCGCUUCAGGGUAUUGGAAGGCAACUGGCACAGACAAGGUCAUAGUAGCAUCAACAGUGGCAGCUGGUGGAGUAGUGCAAGAAAAUAUUGGUGUCAAGAAGGCUCUUGUCUUCUACAAGGGUAGGCCUCCUAAAGGAAUCAAGACUAAUUGGAUUAUGCAUGAAUAUCGCUUAGCAGAUGCCCCCACCUGCAACCACAAGCCCGUCAGGCCAAAAGAUUCAUCCACCACAAUGAGGCUAGAUGAUUGGGUUCUCUGCCGGAUCUACAAGAAAACACAUGCUUCUCCUCCAUCAGCGGUGGCAGCAGCGGCCGCUAGUGAUCAUGACCAAGAAGAAGAAGAAGAAGAAGAGGAACAAUUUGUCAAAGAAAAUAUUUUACCAAGCUUGAAAACCCCCAUAGCCAACAAAUCUCUCAUUCCCCAAAAGUCAUCUUCUUUCUCAAACCUACUUGAUGCCAUGGAUUACUCUAUAUUGAGCAGUUUCUUAUCUGAUAACCAGUUCAAUCCAACAGGGUAUGAUUCAAUCCCAGCACUGAAUACUACUGCCAUAUCAGACCAACCUCUCCUCAAUAAUUUCAACCCUACUACCAAUAGCAGUGGCAGCAGCUACUUGCUUCAAAAGCUACCUCAUCAGUUGAAUAACGCUCCACUAACGCCAACCAUGGAAAACAAGCUCAAGCGUCCGCUUUCAAUCAUUGAUGAGGAUCUCCAUCAGUACCCAUCAAAGAAACUCGUCAGUUCUUGCAGUUUUACUAACAGCACAAGCCAAACUGAUCAUAUGGCUCAUUAUCAAUACAAUUUCUUGAACCAGCAACUGCUUUUGAGCCCUCAUCUUCAGUUCCAGGGCUAAAAUCCGCACGAUAUAAGUUCAAACUAUAUCCCAGGGAAAAAAAAAAAGCCAAAAAGAUUCAGCUAGGAGAAGUAAAAGGAACUGCCCAUUUCUUCUGUGCAGAUUUAUAGAAGGGAUGCAUGUUUUGUGAUUUUUGUGCUGCAAAUUGUACUGCUUGAAUCUGUAUAUGUGGUGUCAAGAAGAAGAUGCCAUUUGAUUGUCAAAAGAUGUUUGCCAAAAAAAAAAGGAAAAGAAAACCAACCUCACAAACAAAAAUUGUAAGAGUACUACUUGAUAUGGAAUCACCAUACACACAUGAUUUUUGUAGAAAAUAUAUGUAUAACAAUAAUUUGGAUUGGCAAA